CCCCCUCAAAGACCCCGUUCCCGGGGGUCCUGCCCCACACGCAGGGAAAGGAACGCCACAGAGGGGCCGAGAAGACGCUGAACAGAGCCCUCGCCCCGCCGCCCCGAGUCUGUCACAUCGAUCCCGCCCUCCUGUCCGUGUCUACGCAGCCGUCAGUUCCCGCGGGACAGAAGCGGAAGGACGUCCCGGGGUCCCGGGGGCUCCUGUGUCCAGUACACCUUGGGUUCUUCCGCUGCUCUCCUGUGGACCUGUCUGCGGUCCCGGCAGGACCGGCCGCGACCGCGCGAUGGCGAUGGCGAGGCGAGGCUCACCUUCGGGGCUUCGGUCCGCACUGUUAACCGCACACCUGCUCUGUGCCUCGUAGGAGGCCGUGAGUGGCCGUCGUCACCGAAGAUGACUUUCAUCACAGCUGCAACUCCACCUACAGAACCAGGAGCAGCUCUGUCUGCACUGACCGGGAGGCCGUGCUGGAGAGGCUGCUGGACCACCCGGCCCCUGGGCUGCCCAGGCCCGAGGACCGUUUCCACGGCACCUACAUCAUCUUCUUCAGCCUGGGCGUGGGCAGCAUGCUGCCCUGGAACUUCUUUGUCACUGCCAAGGAGUACUGGGUGUUCAAACUCCACAACUGCUCCGGCUCCGCCAGCAGGCUGGACCCCGAGGACUCGGACAUCCUGAACUACUUUGAGAGCUACCUCGCCAUCGCCUCCACUGUGCCCUCGCUGCUGUGCCUGGUGGCCAACUUCCUGCUUGUCAACAGGGUUCCGGUGCACGUCCGCGUCCUGGCCUCGCUGUUGGUCACGCUGGCCGUGUUCGUGGUGAUGACCGUGCUGGUGAAGGUGGACACCUCCUCCUGGACCCGCGGCUUCUUUGCCAUCACCAUCGUCUGCAUGGCCGUGGUGAGCGGCGCCUCCAUUGUCUUCAGCAGCAGCGUCUACGGCAUGACCGGCUCCUUCCCCAUGAGGAAUUCCCAGGCACUGAUCUCAGGAGGAGCCAUGGGAGGGACCGUGAGCGCCGUGGCCUCACUGGUGGACAUGGCGGCGUCCAGGGAUGUGACGGAGAGCGCCCUGGCCUUCUUCCUCACGGCAGCUGUCUUCCUGGGGCUCUGCAUCGGGCUCUACCUGCUGCUGCCCAGGCUGGAGUACGCCAGGUAUUACAUGAGGCCCGUUUACCCAGCCCGCGUGGUAUCUGGUGAAGAGGAGCCGCCCCAGGCCUCCCUGAGCAGCCCUUUGGCAGCAUCCCCGACGCCGCCCCUGCGCCCCAUCCUGAGGAAGACGGCAGGCCUGGGCUUCUGCAUGGUCUACCUCUUCUUCAUCACCGGCCUCAUCUUCCCCGCCAUCUCCACCAACAUCCAGUCCCUCCACGAGGGCUCAGGCUCGCCGUGGGCCACCAAGUUCUUCGUGCCGCUCACUGCCUUCCUCGUCUACAACUUUGCGGACCUGUGCGGCCGGCAGAUCACGGCCUGGCUGCAGGUGCCGGGGCCCAGGAGUAAGGCGCUCCCCGCGCUGGCGCUGCUGCGCACCGCACUCGUGCCCCUCUUCGUGCUCUGCAACUACCAGCCGCGCAGGCACCUGGCGCUGGUGCUCUUCACCUCUGACGCCUACCCCGUGCUCUUCUCCUGCCUGCUCGGGCUCAGCCAUGGCUACCUCAGCACGCUGGCCCUCAUCUACGGCCCGAAGCUCGUGCCCCGGGAGCUGGCCGAGGCCGCAGGCGUCGUCAUGUCCCUGUACCUGAUGGUGGGCUUGAUCCUGGGCUCUGCUGGCUCGGCCCUGCUGGAACACCUGGUCUAGGAGGGGGCGGGGCUCGGGCGCCCAGGGGAGGAAGGCGCUGGACUUCCACGGUGCGCAGGGCCCAGCACGCUCCGGCCUCAUGUGUCCCAAGCCUGGAGCUACGUGACAGAGGCAUUCCCGACACUUCCACAGAACAUUCCAGAGACACCUGCUGAAGACGCAGCUCGAAGUGCAGCCAUCCCUCCCGGCUGCGGGUGAGCAUCCUCCCUUCCUCCCUUCCUGUCGCCGGCGUCGACCUCGACUCGUCCCCGGGCUCUCCAUCUUCCGGCCCGGCUCCCUCCAGCUGAUGGCAGGGGGAAAGAUUCCCGGCGCUCCCCACCGGAACAAGGGCCCCUGCCGUGGGGUUCCCCUGGGACGGCCGGUCUACAGGCCCUGGGCCCGAGCCCACACAGACGCCGCGUUCUCUGGGGGAGAGGGUGCUCACCAGCUGGCCCGCAAGGCAGCCUGGCAGGAACCCUGCAGGCCUGUGCUGGAGCCCCGAGGGCUUCCAUGUGCCAGGGACCAAGCUUCACCAGGACUGGGCUUCACCAGGGACGUCCGUGGCCUGGUGCUCUAUGGUCUGGUCAGGCCACGGUUCAAGGGCGUAAUAAACACCAGGGUAGGCGAUGGAACCCUUAUUGUUGUCUGUAUGGGAGGUGGGGUUUCAAACAGCAGAAAAUGCACAUUAUCUGUAAAAAAAUUUAAUUUAUUUGAAAGGCAGAGUUAGGGGAGCUGGAGAGAGACAGAGAGACAGAGAGUCUUCCAUUUGCUGGUUUACUCCCCAGAAGGUCACCAUGACUGGGGCCCGGUCUGGCCAAAGCCAGGAGCCAGGAACCCCAUCCAGGUCUCCCAUGUGGGUGCAGGGGCUCAAGCACUUGGGCUCUCUUCUGCUACCUUCCCAGGCCACUAGCAGGGAACUGGAUCAGAAGUGGAGCAGCCGGGGCUCAAACCAGGGCCCAUGUAGGAUGCUGCCAUCGCAGGUGGUGGCUUAACCCACUGCAGGCCGCCCUGCGGGCCCCGCGCAUUGUCUUUUUUUUUUUUUUUUUUUUUUUUUUUUUUUUUUUUUUGACAGGCAGAGUGGACAGUGAGAGAGAGAGACAGAGAAAAAGGUCUUCCUUUGCCGUUAGUUCACCCUCCAAUGGCCGCCGCAGUCGGCGCGCUGUGGCCGGCGCACCGCGCUUAUCUGAAGGCAGGAGCCAGGUGCUUCUCCUGGUCUCCCAUGCGGGUGCAGGGCCCAAGCACUUGGGCCAUCCUCCACUGCACUCCCGGGCCACAGCAGAGAGCUGGCCUGGAAGAGGGGCAACCGGGACAGAAUCCGGCACCCCGACUGGGACUAGAACCCGGGUGCCGGCGCCGCAAGGCGGAGGGUUAGCCUACUGAGCUGCGGCGCCGGCCGCAUUGUCUUUUAAUUCCAUUUUCCUUGAACUUUGGAAGUUCCCUCGUAUGAGUCGUGGCCUUGGCAGGAAACGGCGUACUCGGGUUGGGUAGUGAGGACAUCGUAAGAGCAGGUGCAGGAGCCUGUGUGUUCCACCCAUGAGUGAAGGAGGGAGGGGCCUCUCGAAUGUGGAGACGUGUUUGUGCUUGGGGCCCGCUGAAGGGUAGGCUCGCCCCCUCCCCACUCUCCUCUGUGCCCCGGGCAGAAGAGCGACUGGAGGGGCAGGCUCUCACUCAGCCCGGGGCCAGCCCAGCCCCUCGCCUUUCAUGGGUUAUUUCUGUGGACGUUGUUGGAGUCUGAAGCUUCGCUCAGCUGGGCCAGGUGUUGCCUUGUUCUGGUUUGUUCCCCGUGGCCACCUCCAGGGAUGAUGCCCGGAUUCCGUGCCCCCACCCCCGCCCCGUCCCGGGGACACGGUGACCGGCUCACACUGGCAGGUGCCUCAUGUGAACAGCGAUGAUUUUUCAGGUGCCUCGUGUGCUCCUGCAGGGCUAGCGGCUGGCUUGGGAAUCAGGAGAGAAGGGAACAAAACGCAGUCUUGACUCCUUAAGAGUGGAAGAGGAGGAACGGGGCUUGUCCCCGAGGAGCAGUGACCCUGAGAGCCGUGACUGCCGUGUCCUCAGAAGGCAGCCCGUGUGGCGCUGUGCUAGGUGACAGCCAGUAAGCCAGCUGCUGGCCGUGGCCCUGCCCCCACAGUCUCGGUCCAGCACGCACUCCCUCUCCGUGGCCACCGGAGAAUUGAAGAGGACACCCUUGAAAGGUUUUCUAAACCUGAUACCAUGAAGCAAUCAUUCUCUUCGCCCCCUGCAGGAGGCUGCGAUGCCCCGUUGGCAUCCUCAGCACCUCUGUGCCUGUGAGAUUGGGGGCCUGUGGCUGCCCCAGGUGUUAGAAUCCACACAGCCAGAAAGCAGGGGGGCUGGCUUUCAGGGGAGCGGGGCGGCCUCCCUGCUAGAGAAACAAUCUACAGGCAACGUGAAGGAGCCAGGGCGCAGUGCUGAGACCGCGGCACCUGCUGUGUGGCGAGGAGAGGCUGCCGAGCCACGCUGGACCAUGGUUCACAAGGCUCCCUCCCCCCAGGCAGGGGGAGGCAAGCAGUGCAGGUACAUCUCCAACAGAGAGGUGCAUGGGGGCGCUCAGGUCACUGUCCCGCUUCCACAGGGAGAGCAGCCCCUGGGGUUUGGCUGCCUGGGGCUCGGUGUCCUGUGACCCUGGUGGGCUUGUGACCACAGCUGGGACAGUGGGCCAAAGAAACACGUCCGAGAGAACCGGCUUUGCCGAGAACGGCUGUGUCUGACGGUUCCCAGACUUGACCCGGAGCGGCCUUUGUUCAUUCCGAGACCGUGCACAUCUCAUUGUCCGGCUUAUGUUCAGCAACGCGAGCUGGAGCGGCCACGGGGUGGACUCUGCAAGGUGCGGCUGAGCAGGGAGGCUGUUGUGAGCUCCGAGGCUGCUCCUGCUCCAGGGCGCGGACUCAGUGCAGUGGGUGUGGGAGGAGGCCCGCGGGCAGCGACACCUUGACCAGGGACUUGGAGGAGUUCAUGGUGAGUGGAAUGAAAACCAAAUUGAAGUCCAGCUCAUGAUGCAAUUUUUCAUGAACGUUUUUUGUAUACAUGGAUUUUAAAGUGUUUUGCACCAAAAUAGAUUCCUUUUUUUUUUUUUUAA